AUGAAUGAUACUCAACCUCCAUCAUCAAUGAAUGCUACCCUACCUGCAAUGAACCACACUCAACCUCGGUGGAACAAUACUUCACACGUGACGGUCACGUCGGUUCCGUGGACGAGAAUCAUACUCGGCGCGGGACUCUACGUCAUCGUCUUCAUCACCGUCUUCGGCAACUGCCUCGUCCUGGUUGCAGUGUCCCGGGAGAAACGUUUGCGGACGAUCUUCAACUACUACAUCGUCAACCUGGCAGUGACGGACAUAGCGGUGGCGGUGACGGCCAUGGGCUUCUACACUAUCGAAAACGUCCUGGGCUACUGGCCGUUCGGGGAGUUCAUGUGCGGAGUGUGGAUCUUCUUUGACUACGGCAUGACGUUCUCGUCCGUAUUCACGCUCAUCGUCAUCUCCGUGGACAGGUUCUGGUCCGUAUCUUGGAGUCUGCACUACAGGAUACACCACAAGAAGAAGAAGGCCUUCAUCAGCAUUGCUGUCGUCUGGUAG